GAAGCAGCCCAAGAAAUUUCUGGGGUGCCUAAUCCCUAUGGUUGUAGUCAGUAAAGACUCUAAACAAUCUCCGAAGAAGAAAAUUUUCCCUGGCAGAUGGAGGAGGCCUCAGCUUCAUCGCUCUGCAAUGACGUUCCAAAUCUUUUAUCAUUUUUCAUCGAUACUUUCGUUGACUUCUCAGUCAGCGGCCUCUUCCUCUUACCCCCGCCGUCGCCGCCGGUAGAAAAUCCUAACUUCGCUUCCGUGAGUGAGCCUUCUUCCCCUCUUUCACGCUUUGUCCCUGCCUUGCAGACCCGCCUACCCUCACCAGACCGUCUAAUUGCCAUUGGCGAUCUCCAUGGCGAUCUUGAGAAAUCCAAACAGGCUUUCCGACUUGCCAAGCUUAUAGAUGAGUCCGAUCGUUGGAUUGGAGGGUCCACCACCGUGGUCCAGGUCGGGGAUGUGCUCGACCGGGGAGGCGAAGAGCUCAAGAUCCUCUACUUGCUCGAGAAAUUAAAGCGCCAGGCAGCGAGAAGUGGUGGCACCAUCAUCACCAUGAACGGGAACCACGAGAUUAUGAACGUGGAGGGCGAUUUCAGGUACGUCACCCGGCCUGCUUUGGAUGAAUUUAAGGUGUGGGCGGAUUGGUUUUGUUUAGGGAACAAGAUGAAGAGUCUUUGUCGAGGGUUGGAGAAGCCCAAAGAUCCUUUUGAAGGGAUUCCCUCUGCUUUUCGCGGUGUGAAGGAAGAGUUCUUCGACGGUUUUAAAGCCAGGAUUGCUGCAUUGCGGCCUAACGGUCCAAUUUCGAGCCGAUUUUUGUCACAGAAUGUGACUGUAUUGGUUGUUGGAGAUUCGAUUUUCGUUCAUGGGGGCUUAUUGCCCCAACAUGUUACUCAUGGAUUGGAGCGGAUAAACGAAGAGGUGAGGGAUUGGAUUAACGGGUUGUCAGGGAGACGCUCACCUGCUUAUUGCCGGGGGAGGGAAGGUUUGGUUUGGUCGAGGAAAUUUUCAAAUGAAUCGGCACAAAAUUGCGAUUGUUCCGCUCUUGAGCAUGUUCUUUCCACCAUUCCCGGUGCGAAGAGGAUGAUCAUGGGCCACACAAUCCAAGAUGUUGGAAUUAAUGGUGUUUGUGAUAACCGAGCUAUUCGGAUUGAUGUGGGCAUGUCAAAGGGUUGUAUAAAUGGUUUGCCUGAAGUGUUGGAGAUAGAAGGGAAAAGGUCAGGAUUGCGGAUAUUGACAUCAAAUCCUUUGCAUCAGAACAACAAUUCUUCUAGCGUUGGUAUGGAGAAAGAUGAAGGUCUUGGGUUGUUGGUUCCAGAAAAUCAACCAAAGCAAGUGGAAGUUAAGGCUUAAUUAGCAUAUAAUUUUAAUUGAUUUUUCUCAG